UCAAAUAUAUAUAGUUUUCUAUAUAUUUCCAAUUAUCCUUUAGCCUCUACAUUUGCUUGUAACUUUUGUCUCUAGAAAAUAAUUAUUUUUUCAUCUACAUUUUAUUUGAAAUUACCUAUUUGAUCAGUUUUUAUAUUAACAUGGAGAAGGUGAUGAGGUUGGCUACAGAAAAGGGUGUGGUGGUAUUCACCAAGAGCUCUUGUUGUCUAUGCUAUGCAGUGAACAUUUUGUUUCAAGAAAUUGGAGUGUACCCUGUGAUUCAUGAAAUUGACAAAGAUCCUGAAGGGAAAGAAAUGGAGAAAGCUAUAACAAAGUUGGGUUGUAAUGCACCUGUCCCUGCAGUAUUCAUUGGAGGAAGGCUUGUGGGGUCCACCAAUGAAGUAAUGUCCCUACACCUAAGUGGUUCACUCGUUCCACUACUUAGGCCAUACCGAAUUUAGCUUAAUUUGAUCUUAGGAACACAUGCAAAAUACACGUCCCAGCAGCAGCUACCUUUAUUGGAAGAAUAAAGUACUAGUAUUAGACAAUAACUAGUACUAUUAUAGUCUUAAGUAAGAUAAGUAUUCAUUAAUAGUCUAUCCAAUGAUGUGCUAUUAAGUUUCUAUUAUUUGUUAGCUAUGAUGUAAUCUGCUAAAUAUUAUUCUUAAUCAAGUCUUAUUUAUAUA